AUGCCGUUUGGACUGACAAAUGCACCGGCAGCUUUUCAAGAUAUGAUGAAUGAAAUAUUCCGAGACCUAUUGGAUGUUUAUGUCAUCAUUUAUUUGGACGAUAUUCUGGUCUUCUCUUUGAACGAAAAGGAUCACGAAACUCAUGUGCGAGAAGUACUCAAGAGGUUACAGGACAAUGAUCUGUUUUGCAAUAUUGAAAAAUGCCAUUUCCAUGUCAAGAAGAUUGACUAUUUAGGGUUCAUCAUAUCUGAAUUUGGUAUAGAAGUUGAUCAAUCCAAAGUCAUGGAUGCAAUGAAUUGGUCAACACCUAAGAAUGUCAAAAACAUCCAAGAGUUCUUAGGAUUUGUGAACUUUUAUAGACAAUUUAUCCCCAAUUUUGGCAACAUGGCACAACCCUUGUAUAACUUGCUCAAGAAAGACAGUCAAUGGAAAUGGGAACAAGCGGAACAACAAUCUUUUAAUGGUCUAAAAGAAUGCCUUACAUCAGCUCCCCUCCUCUUACAGCCGGAUACAACAAAACAAUUCUAUGUGGAAUGCAACGCUUCUGAUUACGCAACAGGAGCCAUAUUAUCCCAACGCAAUCCUGAAGGAAAGAUGGCCCCUGUGGCAUAUUUGUCAAAAUCCUUGUCACCGGCUGAAAAGAACUACAAUAUUUUUGACAAGGAAUUACUAGCGGUCAUUAGGGCAUUUAAGGAGUGGCGCCAUUUACUAGAAGGAUCAGAGUUACCAGUCCAAGUUCUAACAGAUCAUAAGAAUUUGGAGUAUUUUUCCAUGUCACAAUCCCUGAACAAGCGUCAAAUUCGAUGGGCAAAUUUCCUAGUAGACUACAACUUCCAAAUCAUCUAUAGGCCAGGAGCACAAAACAAGAAGGCGGAUAUCCUUUCAAGACGUUACGAUUUGGUUCUCCUGAAACCGGAACUCUUUAUUUCAUCAAUCACCCCAGAUCAAGAAAUCAACAACUUAAUUGGCAAAGCAAUCUAUGAGGAUGAGCGUCUUAAAGAGAUCUUGUACAAGCUCCAGAACAAGAAUAAAGUAGUUGACUGGGAGUUAAAAGAGGGAUUACUAUGGUUUCAAGGGAAAAUAUUUGUACCUAAGGAUGAUACUAUCAGGAACCUUAUUCUAGAGUCCAGACAUGACGCUUUAGCAGCAGGACAUCCAGGACAAGCCAGAACAUUAGAGCUGAUCUCCCGAAAUUAUUACUGGCCUUCCCUGAAGAAAUUUGUCAACUCUUAUGUCAGCCAUUGUGAAACCUGCAUUUGGUCCAAACCUACAAAUCAAGUACCUAUAGGUCUAUUAAAACCAUUACAAAUUCCUGAACGCCCUUGGGAAGAUAUAGCAUACGAUAUGAUUGUAGGAUUACCAGUAUCAGAAGGGUUUGACGCUAUCCUCACUGUCAUUGACCGGUUCUCAAAAAUGGUACAUUUCAUUCCCACGCAAUCCACGGCAUCUGCUAUCGACAUUGCCAAUUUGUUCAUCACAUACGUAUGGAAAUUACACGGUCUACCUAGGAGUACAGUCUCAGAUAGAGGUCCCACUUUUAAUGCCAAGUUCAUUUGUCACUUAUAUAAAAGGUUGGACAUCAAGCCCACAUACUCUACAGCCUACCAUCCUCAAACAGAUGGUCAAACAGAACGAAUACAACAAGAGGCCAAGAUCUUUAUACGUAUGUUUGGGAAUCAUUGUCAAUCAGACUGGGUAUCACUAUUGCCAUUGGCCAAAUUUGCCUUGAACAAUUUGAAACAGACUUCCACAGGCAAAUCCCCUUUCCAAAUAUGUUACGGCUAUAAUCCAAGAUUUACAGUUGGUCAAAAGUCAGACGAGUCAGUCCCUAACGCAGACGAACAUGCAGAAUUCUUAGAAAAGGGCUAUGAUGAAGUCAAGGCAACGUUAUCCAUAUCCCAAGAAAGGAUGAAACACUUCUAUGAUCAACGUCACAGAGAAGAAGAAGAAAUUCAAGUAGGGAACAAAGUUUGGCUAAGUCAUCAGAAUAUAUCCACCGAUAGACCAUCCAUCAAGCUUAGCCACAAAAAGCUAGGUCCCUACUUGGUAAUUGAAAAAAUUGGAUCGCAUGCGUAUAAAUUACAACUACCUCAUACCAUGCGCAUACAUCCAGUCUUUCACAUUAAUCUUCUGACAAAAUUCCAUCCUGACCCUCAUGGACGCGACCCUCCUCAACCUGCACCUAUUAUUACAGAAGAAGGUGAGGAAGAAUAUGAAGUUGAAAGAAUCCUGGACAGCAAAUGGAAAGGGCGUGGCAAAUCAAAGAAACUCUGGUAUUUAGUCAAGUGGAAAGGAUACAACAAAGGAAGUAACUCGUGGGAACCGGUGGAUAAUGUGGGUAACGCUCAAGAAGCCAUAGAAGAAUUCCACAUGGAACACCCUGAUGCAGUUGGAGCUUGA